AAUUGACAUUGCGUUUGUUUUGGGGAUAUUUUUUGGGUGGGGGAAGGCGAUGUCAAGGCAUAAAUAACACUACUCGUCAAACAAUGAACAAAUAACUUCACAAAAAAAAUAAAUGUAUGAUUUCGCUUUAGCUACCAAAACAAGGCUUCAGGUUUUGUGCAUCACAGGAGAGAUGGCGUCAGUGAAAGACAGCAGUCAGACACUUCUGCUCAAUGUCAUCACGAAAGAUAAAGAGGAGGAAGUGAAGAUUUGGGAAUGUGAUGAUUACCCAGGAGAGAGUCCAGAGGCGGCGUCAGAAAAGGUGGCAGACAGAAGUCAAACACUGGGGCUGAAUGUCAUCAUUAACAGAGAGGAGAAGGAAGACGUUGGUGAAUCUGUUGAUGCUGGAGAGACCCCUAACUCCUCUGACCAAGUUGAGACAUUUCCUGCUUCAGUCAAGCAACGUCGGAAAGUGAGCAAAGUGAAGAAGCCUCACCGCUGUCCUCACUGUGAGAAGAGUUUCCCAUUCCCAUCAUAUCUUGAAAGACACGUGCGAAAACAUUCUGGAGAGAAGCCUUAUUCCUGCUCUGACUGUGGGAUGAGUUUCUCCCAACUGAGUGGCUUGAACGUGCACCAUCGAACGCACACUGGAGAGAAGCCUCACCGCUGUCCUCACUGUGAGGAGAGUUUCCCAUUCCCAUCAUAUCUUGAAAGACACGUGCGAAAACAUUCUGGAGAGAAGCCUUAUUCCUGCUCUGACUGUGGGAUGAGUUUCUCCCAACUGAGUGGCUUGAACGUGCACCAUCGAACGCACACUGGAGAGAAGCCUCACCACUGUCCUCACUGUGAGAAGAGUUUCCCAUUCCUAUCAUAUCUUGAAAUACACCUGCGUAAACAUUCUGGAGAGAAACCGUACUCCUGCUCUGACUGUGGGAAAUGCUUCACAACAUCAAGUCAUCUAACCUCUCAUCGGAGAACUCACACAGGGGAGAAGCCUUACUCCUGCUCUGACUGUGGGAAGAGUUUCCCAUUCCCAUCAUAUCUUGAAAGACACCUGCGGAAACAUUCUGGCGAGAAGCCUUACUGCUGCUCUGACUGCGGGAAAUGCUUCACCACAUCAAGCAAUCUAACGCUACAUCAGAGUGCACACAGGGGAGAAGCCUUGGAGCCAAUUUGAGUUCAAAAGAAUUGACCCAAAAAGAAAAAGAAAUGAAAUUAAAAAAAUUAUUGUGAAGUAAUGCAUGGUGAAACUGAAAUGUAAAAAACAAACAUAAUAAUGUAAACAAAAAAGUGAAUUGUAUGAAAAAAAAAAUGUAGAAUUCAAACACAUUGAAAAUGAUUUUCAAAGCAUUCAGUUGAUGUUUGCAUCCAAUCUUUAAAGUUGAUUUGGUCAAAUAACUUGUUUUCGCUCUUGGCUUUUGUCCUUGCAAUGACAAUUUUAUUCCACCUUCAAGUCAUCUUUUCUCUCCUCCAAGUUUUGGUACUCUUGACCUGGAGGCAGGGUUAGAGGGGAUGGGCGUGUCUAAUGUUAGAGGGAAUGGGCGUGUCCAAUGUUAGAGGGGAUGGGCGUGUCCAAUGUUAGAGGGGAUGGGCGUGUCCAAUGUUAGAGGGGAUGGGCGUGUCCAAUGUUAGAGGGGAUGGGCGUGUCCAAUGAGCCACAGCCUUGGAGUGGCAGCAUUCCUCCAGUAUCCCCCCAACAGGACACAUUCUUAUUGGACAAGCACACCUGAUUCAACUUGUCAACUAAUCAAGUUCUCAAUUUUUAUUUUUUUACUUUAACAUUUAUUUAACAUGGCAAGUCAGUUUUAAGAACAAAUUCUUAUUUUCAAUGACGGCCUAGGAAUCAGUGGGUUAACUGCCUUGUUCAGGGGCAGAAUGACAGAUUUUUACCUUGUCAGCUCGGGGGAUUCGAUCCUGCAACCCUUUCGGUUACUACUAGUCCAACGAUCUAACCACUAGGCUACCUUGCCUCAAUGAGCUGAAUGAGGUGUAGGGCUAGAACAAAAAUGUGUAGUGUUGGAGACCAGGGUUGGGAAACACUGUCCUAACCAAUAGGUUACUUGCACAAUGUCGUAAAAACAACUUCCUGGUAAUAAAGGUCAUGGAAAUCUGUUUGCUGGCGAACGGCUUUGUUUUUAGCUACUUUUUUUGUUUACCUGUAUUAGCAAUUUCUCUCAAGUCCUUCUCCUAUUUGUACCAGUAGUGCACUAUAUCGGGAAUAGAGUGUGAUUAGGGACGUAACCUGGGUUUCAGAGCAGGUCUGUAAGUUGCUUGGACACUAUACAGACAGACAAACAAACCAAUACAUACAAUUACCACAUAAUGACAAAAAACAAAAUAUAAUAUUUCUUGGAACUUUUAAGCCAACAAUAUGUUUCUGUCCAUUUCUGUUUUAUUUAUUCCAUUUGUUAUUUGUUCAAUUGGUUUGCUCUGUGUUUGUGUGUGUGUGUGUGUGUGUGUGUGUGUGCGAAAACUGAUUUUUAGAUACACUCCUGUUUCUUGCGUGUGGUCAGAUUUCUCAUCCAUCUCGAGCUCAGGUCUCCUGUGAGAGGGUAUGGUAUGCUUGAUGUACAUCCUUACACCUCCCACUUGUCUGCUUCUGUGUCUAUUAUAGAGAACAUAUUCCUUUCAAUGUCCACCACAGAGCUGGGAAUAGUGUCUGAUAGCUAAGGAUGGGAAUGGAAUAAAAAGGUUGAAUGAAAACCUGGUUGUAGAUGCAGAAAGGGGACUAAGGAGAAGGAAGGAGACGCGUUCUGUCUCCUAGAGAUGAACGUACUUUGGUGCGAAAAGUGCAAAUCAAUCCCAGAGCAACAGCAAAGGACAUUGUGAAGAUGCUGGAGGAAACAGGUGCAAAAGUAUCUAUCCACAGUAAAAACGAUUCCUAUAUCGACAUAACCUGAAAGGCCACUCACCAAGGAAGAAGCCACUGCUCCAAAACCGCCAUAAAAAAUGCCAGACUACGGUUUGCAACUGCAUAUGGGGAAAAAGAUUGUACUUUUUGGAGAAAUGUCCUCUGGUCUGAUGAAACAAAAAAUCCUAUAGAAAAUGUGUGGGCAGAACUGAAAAAGUGUGUGCGAGCAAGGAGGUCUACAAACCUGACUCAGUUCCUGACACAAGCUCUGUCAGGAGGAAUGGGCCAAAAUUCACCAAACUUAUUGUGGGAAGCUUGUGGAAAGCUACCUGAAACGUUUGACCCAAGUUAAACAAUUUAAAGGUAAUGCUACCAAAUACCAAUUGAGUGUAUGUAAACUUCUGACCAACUGGGAAUGUGAUGAAAUAAAUAAAAGCUGAAAUAAAUCAUUCUCUCUACUAUUA